AUGAUGUCCUGUGGAGAGCGGCUGACUGGGCCAGCCGUCUCUCCGCUCCCAGGCCGUGGAGGACCCCGGGGCCCUAUGAUGCAUGGGGCAGCCUUUGCUUAUGUGCCCAGCCCCCAGGUCUUGCACAGGAUCCCUGGGACCUCUGCCUACACCUUCCCCAGCUUGGGCCCCGUGGCCCUCACAGAGCAUGGCUGCCCAUAUGGGGAGGUGACGGAGCGCCAUGAACCACUGCCGGCCAAGCUGGCCCUGGAGGAGGAAGUGGAGCCAGAGUCCAGCUGGGUCCGGGAGCUGCGGCGGGCAGGUGCCACGCUGCUGAAGGUACCACUCAUGCUCAGCUUCCUGUACCUCUUCGUCUGCUCCCUGGACGUGCUCAGCUCUGCCUUCCAGCUGGCAGGAGGGAAGGUGGCUGGCGACAUCUUCAAGGACAACGCCAUCCUGUCCAACCCGGUGGCGGGGCUGGUGGUGGGGAUCCUGGUGACGGUGCUGGUGCAGAGUUCCAGCACAUCUACGUCCAUCAUUGUCAGCAUGGUCUCCUCUGGCUUGCUGGAGGUGAGCUCUGCCAUUCCCAUCAUUAUGGGCUCCAACAUUGGCACCUCCGUCACCAACACCAUCGUGGCCCUGAUGCAGGCGGGAGAUAGGACGGACUUCCGGCGGGCCUUCGCGGGGGCCACGGUGCACGACUGCUUUAACUGGCUGUCCGUUCUGGUCCUGCUGCCCCUGGAGGCCGCCACCGGCUACCUGCAUCACAUCACAGGAUUCGUGGUGGUCUCCUUCAAUAUCCGCGGUGGCCGUGAUGCACCGGACCUGCUCAAGAUCAUCACGGAACCCUUCACAAGGCUCAUCAUCCAGCUGGACAAGUCUGUCAUCACCGGCAUUGCCACGGGGGAUGAGACCCUGCGGAACCAUAGCCUCAUCCGGAUCUGGUGCCACCGGGACCCCAUGGAGGCUCCAGGAAGCCUUCCUUUUGCGCAGGCCAACGUUAGCAGGCCCCACGGAAAUGCCACCAUGGAGAAAUGCAACCACAUCUUUGUGGACACUUGGCUGCCUGACCUGGCCGUGGGGCUCAUCUUGCUGGCUGGCUCCUUGGUGCUCCUAUGCACCUGUCUCAUCCUGCUCGUCAAGAUGCUCAACUCCCUGCUCAAGGGCCAGGUGGCCAAGGUCAUCCAGAAGGUGAUCAACACGGACCUACCCUCACCCUUCACCUGGGUCACAGGCUACUUUGCCAUGGUGGUGGGUGCAGCCAUGACCUUCAUUGUUCAGAGUAGCUCUGUCUUUACCUCGGCCAUCACCCCUCUCAUCGGCCUGGGUGUGAUCAGCAUCGAGCGGGCCUACCCACUCACCCUGGGCUCCAACAUCGGCACCACCACAACUGCCAUCCUGGCUGCACUGGCCAGUCCCAGGGAGAAGCUGGCCAGCGCCUUCCAGAUCGCCCUCUGUCACUUCUUCUUCAACAUCUCGGGCAUCCUGCUGUGGUACCCGUUGCCCUGCAUGCGCCUGCCCAUCCGCAUGGCCAAGGCGCUGGGCAAACGUACGGCCAAGUACCGCUGGUUUGCUGUCGUCUACCUGCUCGUGUGUUUCCUGCUGCUGCCCUCGCUCGUGUUCGGCAUCUCCAUGGCAGGCUGGCAGGCCAUGGUGGGCGUGGGCGCACCCUUCGGGGCCCUGCUGGCCUUCGUGGUGCUGGUCAACAUCCUGCAGAGCCGAAGUCCUGGACGCCUGCCCAAGUGGCUGCAGACGUGGGACUUCCUGCCAUGCUGGAUGCACUCCCUGCAGCCCCUGGACCGCCUCAUCACGCAUGCCACCGUGUGCUAUGCCAGACCCGAGCCCCGCUCACCACAGCUGCCUGCCAGGGUCUUUCUGGAGGAGCGGCCCCCUGCCACAUCCUCCCCCCACCUCACACUGUCUGCUCACCACAAUGCUACCCGCCUCUAA